CGUCGCUCGCGUCGCGUCAGUGUGCCUUCGCGCUCGUAGAGGACGGACGUACGCACCUCUUUUUCGUCUCUGAAUUUACUUCACGUAACAAGUUUGUUGAUCAAAUUCUUUCCAAAGACUACAUUGCAAUUUAUGCCCACAAUGGACUUACGAAAAUUCGCAAUCUCACAGCAUUUUGGACACUUUUAGAAAUGUUGAGAAAACUUUUGAAGUGUAUUUAGUGUGUUACAUUAUCUUAUAUGAAUGUAAGCGUAACGCAGGUGUAACAAAAACGCAUGUGCAUUGUUUUUGUUGAAAAGGAAAGACGUUUACCGUUGAGGAGGCAGAAUUUGAAUCUCUCGUUUUUUAUUGUUUAUACGGACAAGCGACAAACGCGUUGAAAAGAGACAAGAUGAAGUCCUUUCGUGUGGGAACGACAGGUGUGGCGGCGCUCGCGCUUAUGUUGGCAGUAAUAUCAGGAAGUACAGCGCAGAAUCUCAGGAUAUUCCCAAUGCAGAAGCAGCAGACGGUGGCGGUGGGCAAGUCCGUGGUGCUCACGUGCCAGGCUGACGCCUCCGACCCGGCGCUGGUGACGCAGCCGCAGUGGAGAGACCCUAAGGGACAGAUUAUAAACGAGGCUGCGCCGGGCACGAGACCCGAAAUUUACACGGAGCCAAUGCCCGCGAAACAACUGCAGCUGCUAUACAUAUCGUCAAUCACUCCGGCGAUGGCAGGCAAUUACACUUGCGAAGCGACCUUUACCAACGUGCCUCUCAGUGCUAGCGUCGUCCUCGACACUUUCGUUGCAAUAACAUGGACGAAUGCUAAUGAAAACCAGUACGCGACAAAAGGAAAAGAUUUCAAAGUAAUGUGUGAAGUAACUGCUGAGCCAGCGCCUUCAGUGGACUGGUUCAAAGAGGGUACUCCGAUUCUCACUGGUGACAGAUACGUCAUUCACGCCAAUGGCUUGAUGAUAAAGAAUGUUGAGGAAAGUGAUGACGGCACGUACACCUGCAGAGCGGUUGUCAUACAAACCGGAGAAUUGGCUGAAAGGAAUAUUAAGCUAGAGGUAUAUACCGCGCCCGAGAUGGAAGAAAGAGAAACGAAGGUUGUGAUCAAGGAAGGUACUUCAGCAGCUAUUACUUGUAAAGCAAGAGGCAAACCGCCACCAACCUACUCUUGGAUUAAGGCUUCUACCCGCGAGAAUUUGGGAACAGCAUCACGUUUCAGCGUCAACGAAAUUAAUGGUCUACUUACGUUUGAUCGAGUGGAGGCGGGUGACUACGGGAAAUAUAUUUGCAGUGCCGUCAACCAAGCUGGUCAUAAUGAGACUGAAAUUGAAGUAGAAGUUCUAGUGCCGCCUAGAAUAUUCGAGCUUUACAACACUACGGCUGCUGAGAAAACUGAGGGAAGGCUGGAAUGUAAGGCCACUGGGAGACCUGCACCUAGGAUAAGCUUCAGGAAACUGAGCAAUUCGGACCGAUUCUUGAAUGGCCCGAAUGAUGAUGGAAGAAUUACUAUUGAAACGAGCGACCGUCAAACUGGAGAUCAAAUGCAAUCGAGUGCGAUUAUAACUAUUUCGAAUUUGAAUAGAACUGACGACGGUUUAUAUGAAUGUGUUGCAGAAAACGAAGGUGGAGAAGCAAGAAAGAAUGGUCAUUUAACAGUGCAAUUCAGACCUACUUUCGCACACAUGACAAACAUGCCUGUUUGGAGCUGGAACUCCCAACCUGUCAAUAUCAGUUGCAUUGCUGAGAGUAUUCCUAAUGCGACUAUUAAAUGGAGAUUCCAUGACAUUGACUUAGUCGAAUCCCCGCAAGUCAGGAUCUACGGUUCUGGACCCAUCAGUUACGUCACAGUGACCCCAACUGAUAGAUCGCUGUACGGUGUUUAUAAAUGCAUAGCCACUAACUCUAUGGGAGAAGCGGAACAUAUCAUUCAAUUGCGAGAGGCAUUCCCACCUGGUCCUGUUGUACAAGCAAAACAAGAGACAAUAACGGCCACAUCAGUAUCGUUCAGCAUAGUCGGUCCAGCUGAGGACAUGGGUCCACCAAUUCUAGCGUAUACCACACAGUAUAAGGAGAACGGAAAUUUCGACUGGAACCUCGCGAUGAAUAGAACUUGGUCCGUCAAUUCGCCAUAUAUCAUUGAGAAUUUGAGGCCCAUGUUCACGUACGACUUUAGAUUCGCAGCCGUCAAUCAAGUCGGUGUUGGCAGCUGGGGAUCUCCCAUCACGGUUAUCAUGCCUCGUCGGUCACCACCGGAACAACCUAAAUGGAGGGAAUCCAUUAGCUCCGAGUCACUCAUUCACGGAAAAUAUGCAGAUAAAUACGAAUUGCAGUGGAAAGUACCUGCUCAUAACGGGGAACCGAUCGAUAUGUAUGAGAUUAGCUAUUGCCCAGUGCUAAAGGUGAGCGGAGAAUGGCGUGUAUCGGGCGAGUCUGAUUGCGUGACGGAAGAGCUAAAAUCUUACGAAGCGAUUAACUAUGAAGUGCGCGGUCUCCGACCGGACACUAGAUACCGAAUGCACGUGCGCGCCCACAAUAUCCUCGGCUAUUCCCUCCCAGCCCAGCUUUACGUCCAAACCGCCCUCGGUGUGGAAAGAUCUGGAUUUGCACCUCCCCAACUGCUCUCCAGUGGAUCCAUUAUAGGGAUCGCGUUGGCUGGCGUUCUUCUGUGCUUGAUCAUUGUGGACCUUCUUCUAUUCUGCUUUAGACGACAAGGUGUUAUUGCUACAAUUUGUGGCAAGCGAGUUAAGACUCACAAGGACGAUGAGGCAAAAUUAGGAAGUCUGUACGGUUGGCGCUUCCCGCUCCCUUAUUGCAGCACGAAGCCGCGCGCGCCGUCGCCCGCGCCGCUGCCGCCGCCCGUCAAGCUCGUGCCGACGCCGACGGAUGAAAAGGAACCUUUGAAGGACGUCGAUGAUACUAUCAAGAGGAAUUCAUCAGUCGAAUUCGACGGUCGCCGGGUUUACGCUACCAGUGGCGGGCCCAUUAUAGGAAAGAAUUCCGCCGUAUAAGAGAAAUGUAUCGAAUGAAAUGGUUUGAAUUCGUCAAUAUUGGUUUGGAUGUGGAUUUCGAUGUAUAUGCCGCCCUACAUUCGUGCUCACAAGAAUGUUAUUGCCCGAACCCAACAUUCGCGCGUUUUUCCGUCUAAAUUCCCGCGUUUUUUCACGAAGAUUGACUAACGUGAAUGAACAUAAAAGUAAUAUUGCAGUAAAAUUAUGUACUAACGAAUGUAGUGUGGGCAAGAUAUUAAGUUAAUGGAUGCUUGUGUAUUUGUGAGCGCGACCAGUAUUUUAAACUGCCAAAAGACGAAUUAUAAUUAUUAUAAGCGCGUAAUUAUCAUUAGGUGUUGUACUUUACGAACAUUUUUUUAACAACUUUUCCAGAUUUCGAAACUUUCAAUAGGUCAUUUUUAUUACAGAUUCGUAUUUAAAUCGGUUUUAAAGUAAGAAUAAUGCAAUUUUUGCAAAGCAACUGCUUUCUGAGGUACAAAUGUGCCUUUUAGGUUACUUACUCGUCUAGUGAGGGUAACUCUGCAUAAGAUUUAUAUUAUGUAAAUAAUAAUUAAACAUAACUUAAGGUUAGAUUAGGCAUAAGUAGAAACUGAACACUUUUAUUCUUUUCUCAUUUUAACUUUUAAACCACUUGAAUUUAAAUAGAAAUCAAUUAUAUUUAAUUCUAGAUUGUUCGUUUAUCGUUAUAUUAUUUUUAUCGAAUAUUUAUAUAUUAUACAAUUUUUACUACGAGUCAUCAGUGUUAUAUGCUAUACUUUUUAAUCUUAACAUACCCAAGUUAAAUAUUAAACAUCAUAUAGGAUAGUACCCGCAUUUAAUGUUAUUAUUUAAGAUGUAAAUAUAGUUAAUAAAUUAUGUAAAUACCUCUGUAGGAUUGUAUUUCGUAUAAUUUUGUUACAAUUUUAAGUUUGUCGACACCUCGAUUCUCUUAGACUUAAGUACUUAGGAGGCUCGUUCAUUCUCAUUAGAUUUAAAAUCUACUUACAAAUAUACUUAAUUUAUGUUUCUAGUUUUAAAUGGAUUAGCUCUAUUAAUGAACAAACAGUUUAUAUUAAAGUAAUUCUUUAUCUCUUAUACUGAGCACCUGUACUGUAGGUACAUUAAGACUUAAUUAUGCAGGCUCUCUAAAUGCUGAUUGCUACAAGAAUUAAUAUUGAACUUAUGUCGUAGUUAAUAUGAAACACCACACUUUUGUACUUCACAGAGUUUUUCUAUUCAGUGAUACACAUUUUAUUAUUAUAUGUACCUAUGUAUUUAGAGUACUUUAAUAUAUGAUUUAUAAAGCAGGCGCAGUUGCAAUGUAUUCUUAUUUAUCGUAAAAUUAGAUGUAAAUGGAAGCUUAUAUAUUUAUAUUUCAAUGUCAUUGCUUCAAAUGUAACUCGCAUGAGUCUCGUGAAUGCAAGCUUUGAGACGUUUUACGUGAACAACUACGCAUUUUUAUAAAAUAAACGUAUUAAAAAUA